UUGGAACCCUGAGGAUGGUGUCAGGUGUCAGGGUUGGCUUCACUUCACACUAACAGGCUGUGCUACUGCAACAUACACUGAGACGAUAAGGAUGGUAGCAACGUCUCUGCUACAUCCACAGAAAAUAUACUGAUUGUAAAUCAAGAUGCAAAAGCGAGUUACGUUUAUUGAGCAGCUGAAAAAAGAAAACUUACUAAUAAAUGGAACUGGUCACAACCUAACGAGGUCUGCAGAAUCUAGGAGAACCCGAGAUGGACUUGACUCUCUUCCAAGUCAACAAGGCAGGGAAAUGUAUAAAGGAACAUGCAUCAAUAUGUCUGCAAGCAACCGACAGAUGAAGACCAUUCACAUUCCCAACACUUUCAUGUCUGUACCCUUUUUACAGCAUUCAGCUCUUGCACCUGGACACAAGCACCACCUUUGCAGUAUAGCGAACAUUUACAGUACAGAGUACAUGAGGCAGCAGAUGAAGCGGCACUAUCUUAAAGUGCUGCACACAUGCAUCCAAUCAGGACAGAAUCCUACCUGCAGAAGGAAUGUGGGUCAUCACAAUGAAAAGGGCUGGUUUACAAAGGAUGUGGAAAAGGAGCAGGCAAAGAUGAAGCUGGAAGGGCAAAGAAAAAGCAGCAGCGGCACAAGUUAUUCUGAUGUCUUUUUUCCAAAAAUCUUAAAUAGAUAGCAGGCUAUU